GAAACAAGUAGAAAGUAUGGACUGCAUAUAAACACCAGCAAAACGAUCCUAAUGAUCAUCAGCAUGGAAAACAUAACUGGAGCAAAUCUGUAUGCGAACCAAAUGAGAAUUGAACUUGUCUCACAAUACAACUACUUGGAAACUAUAUUCAAUGAGUCGUGGGAUAAUACCCAAGAGAUUAAAUGUCGCAUUGGAAAGACAAAAAGUGCAUUCUUGACUAUGUGCUCUGUGUUCAAGAGCCGUGUCCUCAGUACUUCUGUAUGGAGUAGAAACGUAGACGUUAAAGGCGCAAACUCUAUCAAAACUUCUGGCUGUUGA